AGGGUCAAGGAAAAUAAAGCAGCAAGGCGAUUCGAUUAAGUGUUUAUCAAUGCAUUUGUUCAUAAUUUAGUACAUGUUGUUACAUCUUAUAGAAAAGAGUACUCAUUAAUAAUUCUUCAUGUAAGGAUAAACUCCCGACGUCACUUUGAAGCUUCUCGGGCUACUUUAGCUUGCCAGCUGCUAGCAAAGGGACGCGAAAGUGUUGUGAUUGUGUGAAAAAUGUGUAAAGUACAAAUGCUGAGAGCGUUGGUGAAUCAGCGACUAACUGCGGCUGUUGAAGAAAUAUUUGUAGUGUUGGAAAGAACGAUAGCAGAGUACGAGGAGGAACUUUCUCGAACAAAAGAGGACAACGAACGACAACGUCAACUACUGGACGCUGUUUUCAAGCCUCGAAGGGAGUCACACAGAGCAGACGCCAGUGAAGGAGACCUUCCCUCUGAGGAGCAGGAGUGGAGCUCCAAGAUGGAGCAGGAGGAAGAGCCACAGGCCUCCUACAUUAAAGAAGAGGAGGAGGAGCACAGCGUCAGUCAGGGGCAGCUGGAGUUCCCUGUGAUUGGUGUCAUUGUGAAGAGUGAAGGUAAUAAAGACAAAGGUGGAAGUGAGGAGAGGAGAGAGGUGGAGCCUCCAAGCAGCAGCUCAACUCAACACAUGACAACAGAAGCUGAUGGAGACCACUGUGGAGGAUCACAAGCAGACAACCUCUUAGCUCCACUAUCAGAUAGUGACGACACAACGUCACACUCUCCUGACACUGAUGAUGAAGACUCUAAAGCUGAUGUGACGUGUCACACUGACAACAUUCACAAAUGCUCCCAGUGUGACAACACAUUUGUUACCAAGGGAAAUCUGAUAAGACACAUGAGAAAUCACACAGGAGAUAACCCAUUCACGUGCACAGUUUGUGGUAAAAGAUUCUCUCUGAAGGUACAUUUGACAGCACACACACAAACACACUCUGAAGAAAAAUACAAUUUCUGUUCAAUAUGUAAUACACAUUUGUGUGAUAGUUCAGCAUUGGAUCAGCACAUGAGAAAACUCCAUGGUGAAAAGCCUUUAACCUGUUCCAUCUGUGGUAUAAGUUUUACACAAAAUUCAGAUUUGAAAAGACACAUGAGAACACAUACCGGGAAGAAACCUUUUACCUGCUCAGUGUGUGGUAUAGGAUUGACUCAGAAGUCACACUUGACAGCACACAUGAGAAGACAUACUGGAGAGAAACCUUUCACGUGCUCAUACUGCGGUGUGGGAUUUGCUCAAAAGUCGUGUUUGACAAAACAUACAAGAAAACACACUGGAGAAAAACCAUAUUCCUGUUCAGUCUGCAACAAAAGCUUUUGUGACCGAACCACACUUGUAACACACAUGAGAAGACACACGGGUGAGAAAAUCUUCAGUUGCAGUGUGUGUGAUGAAAGAUUCUCUUAUAAGUACCAGCUUAACAAUCACAAGUGUGCUGGUGAGAACAGCAGCAGUAAAUGAAGCUGUACAAUUUGAAUUAAAUUGUCAAGACAUUAACUUUGUAACAACAUCACCACGUAUAAUUUGUGUGAUGUUGUGUGUGUGUAACACAAUGCUGUUAAUAUGCUUCUACCAUUUAGAUGUAAUAAAUAUACCAAAAAAACA